AUGGCUGCCGGUGCAUCCCACCUUAAUUCAUCGAAGUUGAAUUUAGGAAUAUUGAGAGAAUUUUACAGACGCGAAUUUUUAGAAAGCAUUGAUAAAUGCAUUGGAACCAAGGCCUUAGUGUGGGAUGAUGGUUUGACUGGACCAUUUGGACUAAUUGCAGAAGCAUCUUUAUUAAAGGAGCAGCAUGAAGUGGAGAGAAUGUUUAGACUGCAGUCAUCUGGUCUACCUGCAAGUAGUGUACAGAACAUCAUUUUCAUUGUAAGACCACGACUCAGUUUAAUGGAGGUCAUUUCCCAGUGCUUACUCAGUGAGGAGAUGAAAGGUGGAUAUGUGAGGAAAGAGUUCUAUCUGCUCUUUGUUCCAAGAAAAAGUCUUCUUUGUGAGAAGAAGUUAAAAGAGUUGGGUGUUUAUGGUUCUUUUGCAAGUGUUGAUGAAUUUAACUUGGGACUCAUUCCCUUUGAUUCUGACCUUCUAUCAAUGGAGAUGGAUGAACUAUACAGGGAGUGUUAUUUGGACAAUGAUUUUACAUCUUUGUUCUUCGUUGCUCAGUCCUUGAUGACUUUACAAGCUCUCUAUGGGACCAUCCCUUAUGUUUACGGCAAAGGGGAUUGUGCAAAGCAUGUUGUAGACAUGAUGAGACGGAUGAAAAUGGAGAUGGGUGGAUGUGAGCCCCAGAUAACACCUCAGAUAGAUAAUCUUCUCAUUCUGGAUCGCAAUGUCGACCUUUUGACACCAUUACUGUCUCAGCUUACCUAUGAAGGUCUCAUAGAUGAGAUUUUCAACAUCAAAAACACAAAUGUAAAGCUUCCACCAGAAAAAUUCAUCACACCAGAAGAAAGAAAAAACAGCAAGGAAGAAGCAAUCACAGAGCAAAAGAAGUUCAUACUGAAUUCUUCAGAUGAAUUAUUUGCAGAGCUCAGGGACAAAAAUUUUAAUGCAGUCGGUGGUAUAGUCAGUCGCAAGGCUAAAACAAUCACUGCUGAAUUUGAUGAAAGACAUACAGCAAAAACAGUAGGAGAGAUGAAACAGUUUGUGUCUAAGCUUCCUCACUUGCAGUCUGCCAGGACUUCACUAGGAAUUCAUACUUCUAUAGCUGAACUGAUUAAGGAAGUGACAGAUUCUGAUGAAUUCCUGGAUUCUUUACGUUGCCAGCAAGAAUUGUUGCAUGGUCUAGAAACUGACAAAGUCAAUCCAUACAUAGAGGACUGCAUUGCCAGGGAGGAGUCUCUGAUUAAAGUGCUUCGGCUUAUAUGCAUACAAUCAGUAUGUAAUGAUGGACUCAAACCCAAGAUUUUAGAGCAUUACAAACGAGAAAUUAUACAG